CAGAAAACCCUCUCUCUCUCUCUCUCUGCCUCUGCUCUGUUCUGUCCCUGCUUCAUUUUGAUCAAAAGAAACAGAAGCAUUGGCUGGCACAGGUUUAUGAGAGAGGAGAAGCACUGAUAGGGUGGAAAGUGAAGAUUUGGUGUUCAUUCCUUUGAAAGGGAAAAGGAGAGGAGAAGCAGAUAGUUGAACUUUGCUUUUGUAGCGUUCAACUUAGUUUCCAUGUAAUCAUAGCCUUGUUCCCAUUAUAUACAACCCUCAUUUCAACCACAUUGUUAAAAAUUCCAAAAACCCAUAUAAGAUAAAGAUUUAGUGUUUCUUUUUUGUUCUCAUCUUGAUUGUUCUUUCUGCCAAAUUAACCUAUCCUCUGUUUUUCCUCUGUUUUUCUCUGCUCUUCUGGGAUAGAGAGAGACAGUGAGAUGGGUGAAGUUUCACAAAAAAUCAUGAUACCUGAAUCGUUUCAGUUUCAGGUCUCAAGCUAUGACAUUUCAGGUCAGCUUAAACUCAUUUGGGAGCUAAUCAAAGCACCAUUGAUAGUUCCUUUGUUGACACUUGGAGUUUACAUUUCCUUAGCCAUGUCACUCAUGCUCUUAAUGGAAAGGGUUUACAUGGGUAUUGUCAUCAUCCUCGUUAAGCUCUUUUGGAAGAAACCAGAGAAGCGAUACAAAUGGGAGCCCAUGCAAGAUGAUAUAGAAUCUGGCAAUCUUAACUUCCCUGUUAUUCUUGUUCAAAUCCCAAUGUUCAACGAAAAAGAGGUUUACAAGCUAUCCAUUGGUGCAGCCUCUAAUCUUUCCUGGCCAGCAGAUCGUCUUGUGAUCCAAGUCCUAGAUGAUUCAACCGACCCUGCUAUCAAGCAAAUGGUAGAGCUAGAGUGUCAAAGAUGGGCAAGCAAGGGCAUAAACAUAAGGUACCAAAUCAGGGAGAACAGAACAGGUUACAAGGCUGGUGCUUUAAAGGAAGGUCUAAAGAGAAGCUAUGUUAAACACUGCGAGUAUGUUUGCAUCUUUGAUGCUGAUUUCCAGCCUGAGCCUGAUUUCCUUAGGCGUGCCAUUCCAUUCUUGGUCCACAAUCCUGACAUUGCCCUUGUUCAGGCUCGUUGGAGAUUUGUGAAUGCAGAUGAGUGCUUGUUGACAAGAAUGCAAGAAAUGUCUUUGGAUUACCAUUUCACUGUGGAGCAAGAAGUUGGGUCAGCUACUCAUGCGUUCUUUGGCUUCAAUGGGACUGCUGGAGUAUGGAGAAUUGCGGCCAUUAAUGAUGCUGGCGGGUGGAAGGACAGAACUACAGUGGAGGACAUGGAUCUUGCUGUCCGAGCAAGUCUUAGGGGCUGGAAAUUUGUGUACCUUGGUGACCUCCAUGUGAAAAGUGAACUUCCCAGUACUUUCAAAGCUUUCCGGUUCCAGCAGCAUAGGUGGUCCUGUGGUCCUGCUAAUCUGUUCAGGAAAAUGGUGAUGGAGAUUGUUAGAAAUAAGAGAGUGAAUUUCUGGAAAAAAGUCUAUGUGAUCUAUAGCUUUUUCUUCGUUAGAAAGAUCAUAGCUCACAUGGUGACCUUCUGCUUCUACUGUGUUGUUCUCCCACUAACCAUUUUGGUUCCUGAAGUGAAAGUUCCAAUCUGGGGAGCUGUUUACAUCCCUUCUGUCAUUACCAUUCUAAAUUCAGUAGGAACUCCAAGGUCAAUUCACUUACUGUUUUACUGGAUCCUUUUCGAGAACGUUAUGUCUUUGCACCGGACUAAGGCAACUCUUAUCGGUCUGCUAGAAGCUGGAAGAGUCAAUGAGUGGGUUGUCACAGAAAAACUAGGAAAUACACUUCAGAAAGCAGCAGAUGCAAGGAAAGCAAACACCAAAGCACCCAGAAAAUUCCGAUUCAAAUUCACCGACAGACUCAACACAUUGGAGCUGGGAUUUGCAGCAUUUCUUUUCUUGUGUGGAUGCUAUGACUUUGUUAAUGGAAAGAACAACUAUUUCAUUUACCUUUGGCUCCAAACAGUCACCUUCUUCAUCACUGGAAUUGGAUAUGUUGGUACUAUUAUUCCCAGCUCUUAGUUGCAGCCGCAGCAGCAGCCCGAGUGACAUACAAAGGCAACAAAACCCUCUUCGUGUAUGUCAAGCUGCCAUUUGUGUUUUAUUUUUUUCUCCUCUACAACUCAAUGUAUAAUUACGUGGGGGGUCUGUGAGCAACAUUUGAUUUCAAUUCCUACCAUUUCAUUCCAUUGAAGAAAAAAAAGGGUCAUUCAACAUGAUUGACACAAAGGUUAUAGCUAAUGCCUUCAGAAGAUUUAGUGUGAAUCACAUCAUAUAGGAUCAAGGACAAAGAAGAAGCAGAGACAGCAUUAGGGCAACAGGAUUGUUAUUUCAAUUAAAUAGAUUGCUUGUAAUUGUGAGAUUUUGUUCUUUUUGUUUCUCCUUUGUUAGUUUUCCUUAGUUUAAGAGAAUAAGUUGGUGAAAUGAAAUGGUGUAUUUGCAGUCAAA